GCGGAUCCACGAAACGGCGCAUGCCUGACCGAACGACCGACGUCGACGGCGCCCUUACUUUUCCCUCCUCCUCCUCCCAACUUUCCUCCUCCUCCUCUCGCCGUCGCGCAGCUGUCUCUUUCUAGCUCGUUGCUCGCGCGAGCUUUUGGCCAUGCUCGCACACAUACACACAGGGAGAAUUGAGAGAUGAGCACACGAGCAGCAGAUCUGUGUGUGUGUAUACGAAGGUCCUGUGGGUGUAUGUGUGAACGAGCGUAGAUUGAGGCCACGCGAAAGCGAAACCGUGUGGAGGGAGGGAGGACUCCUCUACACACUCGCAUAUACACGACUCUCCGAUGGAGUAAAGACUGACUGAAGCGAGCGUCGUCGUAUGCUGCACGUCGCUUCGCUCGCGCCAGGCUCGACUCGCCUCGCUUUUAGCGGUAUGUCAGUCGCCUCCUUGCGCUCUGACCCCCCGCAUCGUCGUCGUCACACGGGGGUUGCUGCUGCUGCUUUCGCCGCCACCGCGUUGCUGCUGCCGCGCCUCCUAAUAACAACAACGUGUGCAACGAUAUAAAAAAAAAAUAAAAAACAAAAAAAAACAACACGACGACUCGUGACACACAACGCAAGUUCGCGAGAGCUGUCGCCGUUGUAAAGAAAGAAAGAAAGUAAAUAAAGAAGAAGACGACGACGACGUGUUUACAACGGGGGGGUUGUUGCAUUUUUUGUGCAGCGACGAGGCGCCGCGUGAUGUGAGUCGAAACUCCCUCCUGUGUGUCGCUGUGCACGCGCGCGCCACGAGAUAUUAUUCAUAUAUACACACAUAGAGAGCAGAGCAGUCAGUAGCGCAGCGGAGCAGUAGUACGAGUCCGCGUACUCGUCGUCGAGGGGUCUGCUGCUCUUGCUUUCUCUCUCUCUCUCCCUCGACGAUUCAUGCGUCAGCCAACAAAACACACGUUGAGCAGCAGUAGCAGACGAAGCGGAGCUACGUGUGUUUAUACUACUUGCACUCUACUUGCCACAACGUACAUAUAUAUAUAUAUAAAAUUCGAUCGAUCGAUUUUCUUCUUCUGCACACCGACCGACCGACCGACCGACCGACCGACCGACUCACGCGCGCCCGUCUACAACCCGACGAUAUAUAACCCUUGUGUAUACAUUUAGAGCAAAAAAAAAAAAGGAAUGGAGCGUGGACAAGUAGCAGCAGUCAGUAUAUAGUCGACGAGUGUCUACGGAGUGCAUUUAUAUACAUAUGUGUUUGUUUUUUUUCUAUCCAUCGCUCGACAGUGCAACAGAAGCAGCGAAUAAAUAAAAUAAAAUAAAAAUCCACUCGACGAUGUGUUAACGGGCGAGAGGGUUUCGUCGUCGUGUCGCCGAUGUAACGAGCGCGCGCACAGCUGUUAUUGUCAGCUGUACCGUUAUGGAUAAAAAAAUAUACAUAUAACGACGUACGGAGGAAACAAAGGAAAAACAAAUCAGUUUUGGAUAGACGACGACUUCUCUGCCACUUAUCUAUGUGUGUUAGCUGCUAUACCACUACUUUAUAUAUCAUAUACGACGACGACGACGACGAGUGCAAUCGAUCUGACACGACCACGACACACGACGCUCUCGUCUAGUGCUGCGAAUGUGUCUCGCUAUUAUAUAUACGUAAAGUGUGGCAGAGUGUUUCUGUGCUUCUCGCGUUAUAUAUAGAGACGGCGCGGCAGUGUGCUCGCGCUCACCUGUUCGCUUGGAGUGGCCUGUGUGUGUCUGUGCGCGUGAGAAAUAUCAGUCACGUGCGCGGCUGCUACGACGGGCCAAUGCCUUCUAGGAAGUCAGACGCGCCAUCGCGACCAACCGGUCUGAUUCUCGGUCAGGAUCGUCGUCGCACCGAGAGCAACAACGACGAUUCGCCGCCGAGCUUUGUACGAGCUUGAGAUUCCUCCUCACCCACGUGUCCGAGGCGAAACGAUGACUCGGUGUCCCGGACCGAGUAGCCCCGACGAGGCCUGCCGCUGUUCCCGGGCCCUCCUGCCACCUGCGUACAGCCGCCUGCAGACCAACACAAAUUUCCAAAGUAGCAGAAGAAGAAGCAGCUCAGCCACGUGGAGCCGGAGCAGCAGCAGCAGGAGACGCUCGGCGGCGGCACCGAGGUAGUCGGCUGGAGGAGGCUGCUGGCAGCUGUGAUGCAGAGGCUGCGCUCGACCUUCAAAAGGUCGCGCACGCCGACCGGCAACGAGAUGAAGUCCCAGUCGAGCCUCGAGGUGCCCAAGCAGGUGCGCUCGGCCUCCUUCGACGAGAUACAGCUCGAGGCCCAGCGCCAAGAGUCCUCGUCGUCAUUGUCGUCGUCGUCCGCCACCAACGCCGAGCUUCGCUCCAUCGCCAGCAUUGCCAUGGCCACGAGCAGCAGUCUCGCGGUCUCGUCCGCCCUGUCGUCGUCGUCGUCGGCGACUGCUGCUGCUGCUGCUUCUUCCUCUUCGUCCUCCUCCUGGUCGAACCAGUAUCAAGGAUGGGGACAGCAGCAGCAGCAGCAGCCACCUCCGUCGCCGACGCCGACGAUGACGUCGUCGGGCCAGACCUCGCAGUCACCGCUGCCCUCGUGGUCCGAGCACUUUGCCCAACUGCAUGGAGCUGGAGCAUCGGCCGCUGCCGCCGCUUCCGCCAGUACCGGUACUCUGCUGCGGCGAUCGGCCAACACACUGAGACCUCCUCCGGGCGGGGGUCAGCGCUCCAAGAGCUUCGACGUCGCUUCGGUGGGUGAGCAUCGUCAUCAUCACGGCCACGGUAGCCACGGCCAAGGUCCUUCGCUGCUGGAUCGCUCGGCCUCGACGACGAGCUCGAUCGCCAUCGACCGCGCAGGCGGCGGAAGCAGUCCCAGCCACACGGGCUACGGCUACUCGCGCUGGAAGAGCAGCGCCGAGCGCGACAAUCCACCGGCCCAGGCCUACAGCUGCUGGCAUUGCGCCUGCGUCGACGAGUACCGGGCCAGUCUGCAGCAGCAGCAGCAGCAGACCCAUUUGACCGUUGGUGAUUCUGCCUGGGGCGACACUGACGAGCCCGACAAUUACUCGUACGACGACGACUACUACGACAACGACGCGGACGAGGAGUGCGACAGCUUCAGCGGCGGCGGUGGAGGCGGCAUCGGGAGCAGCGGCGAGCUCGCCGACUUCGAGCCGGGACCGCUGCAGCUGGAGCGCGACGCCAGCGACAACAGCUACUACUUCGUCGUGGUGCGCAAGGCCUACGAGGACUCGUGCCUGGGCUCGGCCGAUGACGGCUCCGAGCUGGGCCUCGAGGCUGGAGAAACCAGCGGUGGUAGACGCGAGGGAAGCCCCGAGAUCCGAGUCACCCUCACCCCGAGCACCAGUCUGCCGGAAUCCGAGCCUGGUGGUGCUGGUGGCUGCGGCUUCGAGUCCGAGGAGGCUAUCGGCGGCGGAGGAGGAGGAGCCUUCGACCUGGGCCCGGCGACCAGCAGCGGUGGUAGCAGUGCCGCCUCGAGGCAGCGGCGACGCUCCCUGUCGCGACAGGAGGCCCUCGAGCUGCCGAUACUGCUGCAGGUGGCCGCCGCCGAGAGCAGUGGACCCGGUGACAGCAGUCCCGACGAAGACGAGCAACAAGCCUCGCCACGAGAAAUCUCCACAACGCCAACUACCACCACUACCACCACUACUGAUCAGGACGACGGCUCGGGCGGAACGCCGAGGGAGCGCGCGGCGAGCGCCGAGAAUCCGGCGGCCGGCCUCGUGGUGCGCGACAUCUUUCUCACGGUGCCGGAUCUGAAGCGCGAUCGCGCCGCCUCCGUGGACUCGUGCUUCAACAACAACAAGAACGGCAAGAUCGAGACCUGCUACUCGCUCCAAGUGCCCCAGCAGAGUCCGCGAUCGAAGAGCGUCGACAUCGUGCUGCCCACCGACGUGCAGACCCGCUACACGGCUCUGCUGCCCGAGGACGCGAGAUUCUUGGGCGAAAAAGACGACGGAGGAGCGGGAGCUGGCCAACGCGAGCUCAGAUCGACGCCCGACUGGAGCAGCACUUCGCUGAACGGCGAACAUCUGUGGGUGCCGACCGCGGCUUCCGGUGAAUUCUGCUACAUCAAUGACUGCUCGAAACACGGGGCACGUCUCAAGUGCUCGGCCUGCCGAGUCGUCGUGCACACGGCCUGCACCUCGGCCCUCAACUUCGCCUGCAAGCCCUCGUUUCGCGACGUCGGCGUGCGCCAGUAUCGCGAGCAGAAGGUCACCCAGCACCACUGGGUCCAUCGUCGCUCCCAGAAGGGCAAGUGCACGAAUUGCGCCAAGAGCUUCCAGUCCAAGCUGUCGUUCAGCAGCAAGGAGAUCGUCGCUGUGGGCUGCAGCUGGUGCAAGCAGGCCUAUCACAAUCGCGAGUCGUGCUUCAACGCCGAGCGCAUCGGCGAGGAGUGUCGUUUGGGCCUGCACUCGUCCAUCAUGGUGCCGCCCUCGUGGAUCGUCAAGCUGCCCAAGCGAGGCGCCUUCAAGAGCAGCCUGCGCAAAUCCCCGAAGAAGAAGCGCGGACCCAAAUCCAAGGAGGCCAAAGGUGGAGAGGAGGAGAAGGAGGAUCCGCUGAAGCUGUGGGUGGUGAAGCCCAUACCGACGAGCAGCGUCACGCCCGUCCUCGUGUUCAUCAAUCCGCGCUCGGGCGGCAAUCAGGGCGCCAAGCUGCUGCAAAAGUUCCAGUGGCUGCUGAAUCCCCGACAGGUGUUCGACUUGACGCAGGGCGGGCCGAAAAUGGGGCUGGAGCUGUUCAAGAAAGUGCCAAAUCUACGAAUACUGGCGUGCGGCGGCGACGGCACCGUCGGCUGGGUCCUCUCGGUGCUCGAUCAGAUCGGGGCGAAUCCGGCCCCGGCCGUAGGCACGCUGCCCCUCGGCACGGGCAACGAUCUCGCCCGCGCCCUGGGCUGGGGCGGCGGCUACACCGACGAGCCCAUCGGCAAGAUCCUGGUGAGCAUGGCCGAGAGCGAGAUCUCGAUACUGGACAGGUGGCAGCUGCUGGUGGAGCGCAACCCGGACGCCUCGGGCCAGGACGAGGACGCGGCCAAGGGCAAGGAGAAUCUCCCCCUCAACGUCGUCAACAAUUACUUCUCGCUGGGCGUCGACGCCCACAUCGCGCUGGAGUUUCACGAGGCCAGAGAGGCACAUCCCGAGCGCUUCAACUCGCGCCUACGCAACAAGAUGUUCUACGGCCAGAUGGGCGGCAAGGAUCUGGUGGUGCGCCGCUGGAAGGAUUUGUCCGAAUACGUGACCCUCGAGUGCGACGGCCAGGACGUCACGGCCAAACUGAAGGAGCACCGGGUGCACGCCAUACUCUUUCUCAACAUCGACUCGUACGGCGGCGGCACUCAUCCCUGGGGCGGUGGCAUGGGCCGACCGCCGACCACCGAGGACGGCUUGAUCGAGGUCGUCGGACUGACCACGUAUCAGCUGCCGCUGCUGCAGGCCGGCGGCCACGGCACCAGCAUAGCACAGUGCAGCACGGCCAAGCUCGUCACCUCCAAGACCAUACCCAUGCAGGUGGACGGCGAGGCGUGCCGACUGCUGCCCUCGAUCAUCAACAUGAACCUGCUGAACAAGGCGACGAUGCUGGCCAAGAGGCGCAAUCAGGGCAAGCCCAGGCAGAAGGCCGCGGAGGUCGAGCGUCUGAAGCUGCCGCUGAUGAAGAUACGCAUGCACGACUACGAGACCUUCCACUCGGACAAGGAGCGACUGAUCAAGACCGCCCAGACGUGGCAGUCGGAGCCGCUGGAGCUCGACGCCGGCAUGGAUCUCGAGUCGCUGAGGAAUCAGCUGUCCAAGACUCUGCCCAUGGACAAUUGCUGCUUCCUCGAUUCGUGCACGGCCGAGCGAUUUUUCCGAAUCGAUCGCGCCCAGGAGCAAUUGCAUUACGUCGCGGACGUCGUGAGCGAGGCCAUCUACAUACUGCAGGAGGGCCCGGCCGGAUCGUCGUCGUCGCAGGCGGCCAACAACAGCCAGCAACAAUCCCAGCAGAGUCACGGCGACAACGCCAAUAUGUCCAGAGAAGAGCGUCGUAAAAUGCCAUCCGGCGAGCGAAAAUCACGCGGCAGCGACACGAAUCGCCAUCAAUCGGACAACAACAAUUACGACGGUGGCGGUGGCUCGUACUCGGCGCGCUCGAGACAGGGAAGCAACCAAGCCGGCGGCAGUCGUGGCAGCUUGACGGCCGAUCAGCAGCGGGAGGAGCGACGCCGACCGGGAGCCAGCGAAGGUGGUGCCUACUACGACGGACCGUCCAAAUUAUCGAGCAACAAGUCGCAUCAUAGUCAGAGCAGUCAUCAUUUCGUGCAACACACGCCCGGCUCGGCCUACAUUUCACCCCGGGACAGACUGUUCGGCCUGAGCUCGGAAGUGCACACCUUCAGUCACGAGCUGCUCGAGCGCACGUCCGACGGCAUCCUCAAGGUGGCCAAGUCCGGCGACAUCGUGGGCCUCAAGGAUCUCCAUCAGCGCGGCUACUCGCUGCUGUCGAUCGACGCCCAGGGCCAGACGGCCCUGCAUCUGGCCUCGGCGGCCGGCCACAAGGACAUCGUGCGCUAUCUCAUCGCCUGCGCGCCACCCAUCAUCCUCAACAUGGUCGACAACGACAAGGGUCAGACGGCGCUGCACAAGGCGGCCCAGCAGAAGAAGCGAUCGAUCUGCUGUAUGCUCGUCGCUGGCGGCGCUCGGCUAACCGUCCGCGACCUGGCCGGAAACACGCCGCGCGAGCUCGCCCUCGCUGCCGAGGACCACGAACUCGCCGCCUACCUUCAGAGUCAAGAACAAUUUCAAUUAAUGACCGAAGAAGGGGGAUAUAUGUCAUAAAUACGCUUUAGUACGAGUCGAGAGAGCGAAGAUGAGAGACGAAUCGAGAAUAACGAAGAACAAAGCGGCAGCACACAGCCUUUGGCCUUUGACACGGACACACACAGACACGGACGUUACUGCUGUGUCAUAAUCUACGAUUUUUUCACACGUACUUGCUGCUAAAACUUCGUCGUCGUCGUCGUCGUCGUCCGAGGCCACGUUAUAAUGUAUAUAAUAGAGAAGAAGAGCCUCCGAUCAACACAGCUGCGAGAGCCGUAGUAGUUUCUUCUCUCUACGAGCGACAAAAAAAUGUCGUCGUCGUUUGCGCGCGAGCAUUCGAGAGAUAGAGAGAGAGGGCAUUUCUCUCUGUGUCCCGGGAAAAUUUCUCUCUGCGCGCGCGGGAUAAUAACAAUCGAUGCGACUCGAUCGACGAUAAAGAAAAAGCUGCGAUGCGCGCUGCAGCGACGAAUCAAAAAUGGAAAAUAGAAAAAAAGUACGUAAAAAAAAAAAUAGUACGUUACGCACCUCGAGGGUUGAAAAAAAAAGAAGAACAGAAGAAGAAUUUCUAAGCAGAAAUGCCAACUCUCCGCGACGAGAAAGAGUGGCGUGUGUAUUCCUCGUGCGCGGCCCCCGCAGGCUCGAACGAAAAAACUGCUCAUGCCGCUGCUGCCGCUGCUGCUGCUUCUGAAUGGGAGGCAGUGCGCGGUAGAAAAAAAAGAACAUUUUAUCAAAUUGAAGUAAAAUUAAAAAAAAAAAAAGAAACUAAAAUAAUGAUAAAACUGUACCACUCACUGCGCGUUUACUUACGUGGAAUAUAUAAUAUAAUUCGUUAUAUUAAAUGAAUGUGGCGCCGGAGCGGAACGAGCGAAAUUCAUUUAAAGUAAAAUAAAAUAAAAAAUAAAAUCUCUCUCGCCACGGAUUUUUAAAUAUUCUGCAUUAAUCGUAUAAUUCUUCGAAACUAACGAAAUGAUUAAAUCGAAUGCAUUUCUAUAAAGCGUUUACACACUUCAUAAUUAUUAUAAAGUAUAAAACGAUAAUUGAAAUUAAUGAUUAAUGAUAAACAUUAACUUAGAUAAUUAACGGAGAAGUAACAGAUUAACAGCCAAUUCGUUUUCAACGUCUUCGACGACACGUAUAUUCAUAUCACUGGACUUUUAGUCGAUAAAUAAACGGGUGGAGAAUUUUUCCGAACGAACACGUGUGCGUGAUGAAAAAAAAAAUGAUUCGUCGAGAUGAGCCCUAAAAGAUCCUCGGGGGUACGGUCAAAGUUACGGUUACCCACUUUCUGAUCGGCGUUUUUUUACAUAAUCGAUCGCUUUUUUCAAUACAAUUCAAAAAUCAAUGUCGUAUCGUAAUUUCUACCUCCAAAAGUUUAAAAAACAAAAAUAUUAUCCUCGUAAAAUUUGUGAUUUUUUGUAUAAUACAUGUAAAUGAACGGGUGAUCCUACACGACGGGUUAGAGUUUGGUAAAACGUAAAAGACAAAACAAACACCGGUAUUAUUUGCAUCGAUCGAUCGAGUUGAUACAAUAUUAUCAAACGACACCGUAACGGACGUUUUUUAAUAAAAAGUCGCGACGCAACCGUAACGAAACAACAGCAACAAAAAAAGCAGGGAAGAAGAAGCAACAAAUAAAGAACAAGGCAAGCACGACUAGCGGGUAUUCGAUUCAGUACCAAUUAUGUAAAAGAGGGAUCAACGUACGAACACCAAUUAGCUAUUAGAGGCGGUCUAUCGCUGAACCAUUUAAAAAACAAACUGUUAUUAUUACAAAAAAUAAUACUGAAAAUACAUUGUUAAAUAAUAUUUAAAAAAAAAAAAAACGAUUACGUAUUAUUAAUAAUAAUAAUAGUAUAAAUAAUUACGAAUAGAUUAUUUGUGAUAAACAAAAUAAAAUUUAAAAAAGUCUUGGAUCUUGAUGUGUGUGUAUCAUAAUAUCGAACGUUGCGGUACUAUAUUAUCGCGUGUGCGCGCAUUCACGACCCGCAGAUCGAAAUAUCGUUGUAAAUUGUAAUAUAGAUAGGCGUAAUAAUGUAUAUUUAUGAGGAGAGCGACUCCUUGCUCUCGGCCCACCCUCGUCUCUUUGUUCUGAUUGUUUUGUCUUAUCAUAUAAUAUAAAAAUAGGCAUAAUAUAAAUAUAAAUAUGAAAUAUCGUAACGAAUUGUUAUAGCACUGUACACGUUGAAAAAAUUCGAAUUCUUCGGUAUAACGAGAUAUCGAGUUGUAAAUAUAAAAUUAUUAUUAUUAUGAUAUGAAUUAAUAAUGAAGUAUUUCGAGAAAGUGCUGAAACCCACUUGGGCAGUAGAGUAAUAUAGUAGCCGACGCGUAAUGUAAGUCGCCUCUAACCUCGUUCCGAGAAUAUGUACUUGUCGUUUUGUCAAGAUCAAUCCGUGUUCUUUUUCGAAAAAACUUGUCCGAACGAUAAUUUUUAUAGAUCAAAUAUACUUAUUAUUUUUAAUUUCUCUUUCUAUCCGUCGCGACUAUCGCUCAUAACUACUGUACGUGUAUUUAUAAUUCGUGAGUAAAAUUUUUCAAAGAUCGCGUAAUUGACGUAUAUAAUAUUUGUACCGUAAAAAAAAAGAGAAAGAAAAGUAUUUCAAUGAAAUCUCCAACGAUUCAAUAAUUCGCGGAUAAACCGAAAUCGCACAUUUUUACGUAUUCAAACUGCAAACUCGUGGUCCAGAUAUUUAAAAUAUUUAAUCUUAAUUCCAAUAACUGCACCAAAUAUUCCUAAACGAUAGAUUAAUUCAAUUCGUGUAUUUAUAAACUAAAUGUAUAUUUUGACCUAAAUUUAUACACCAACAUAGAUUUAGAUAAAAUAUUAUUUAAAUGUUUACAAUACGUACGUUUCUUAUACGACUAUUAGUUUUAACGAACAAAAAACAAACUGCUCAUGUACUAAUCCUGUUCUCGUCCAAUUUUUCCGAGUAUUUGCAAUGUGUCAAUAAGUUGAAAGUCGAAGCACACCAAAAAAAAAGCUAACUCUUUGAUCGGCGUUUGACACGAGCGCUAGAAAUAAAAAAAAAAGCGGAGAGUGUUUGAUAACCAAUCGAAAAACAAUCGUACUAAAAAAAAAAAAGAUAUUAACACAACAUUGCCUUCCUCUAUCAUGAGAUUAUUAAGAGAAAACAAAAAAAGUUCGAUCAGCGUGUGUGUGUGUUCCUCGUAUCCUCUUUUUAGGUUUUGAAAGCAAUAAAAGUCGCGACAAUCAAUGAGUAAAAAAAAAAUAUGUAUAUAACGUACACACACGCCGGCCGAAAAGCUAUACGACACACAAGAGUUAAUUAUAUACACCUUCGGGACGACGCGUUCGCGAACUCUGAGCGCGUCUGUGUCAUUGAUUUUACUAUUUCGACAAAUUGCCACCGCCACUACACACGUAAUUAUGCGUCGUUAAAUUAUAAAAACAGUCCCACCGGUUGACCGAAUUCCAUUUUUUCUCCUUCUGCAUUUUGUUUUUAUUUUUGUUUUUGUUUUGUUUCGCUACUGUUAAAGAUGGUGCGGCGUCGUUAUUUGUUGAAUCUUUUACUUUUAGAAGAUUAAAAGUAUAAAAAUGUAUUGUUCUUGUUGUCGAGUGUGUGCGGGAGAGUGUAAUGUUUGCCUCUGGUCACUAGAAAUUAACUUUUCAUUUUGACAUUUUUGUACGGACCAAUGGUUGAAUUAAAAUUGACUGUUUUGAUUGUUAGUCAAUGUGCCCGUUCUUUAGAAAAUCGACCCCAACUGUGCGCGCAAAUAAAACAAUUGCCCCGAUCCGAUUGGUUUAUAAUUUAUUUAUCUAUGUAUUAUUCACGAUAGCUUGAGUUGGGUUCACUCGAGCCCACACUCCGUUGCUGUAAGACGUAGCGAAUGUUAUGUAUUGUGCAAAGAAAGAUUUUUUAAAUCACGACAAUUCGUCCGUCCCCAAAUGUAAAAAACAAACAUCGAAAUCGAGUCUAUAUACGAAAUCAUGAUUUUCUAUUUUAUCGACUUGAAAAAAAAAUAAAAUAAAUAAAAACAAGAGUCUUUGUAAUACACACGGAAUAAACCGACGGCGUGUGCAAGUACGGCAGAAUGGGGAUGACGAUUACAACUUUUAUGAAUUAGAACCAAUGUUUCACGAGUUAUCAAGUGCACGGAUACGUAAAACUUUCAUCAAACUGAAAACUUGACGUUUUUUCAAAUGAUCCAAAUUUUAUACUGGCAUUAUUAAUACGUAUGAAAAGGGGAAAAAAACAAACAAACUAUAAUGCAAUUAUAUACUCAUUGAGCAUUGCAUCGUCAACUUGGAAAAUCCACUGUGAUAUCUACUCUCUUCUCCAUUAUAUAAUUAUAUCUAUUAGCUAUGUAUUUCUCGGGACUCGCUCGGUUUUACGCGCGCGGUUUUUCACGUCUAGUCCUCUCCGCUGCUCGUUUCGACAGCUCGCAAGUUUCAGUUAUAAUAAUUUUCUCUCCUACGCGAGUAUAUAUCUAACUAAAAAAGGUUGUGAAAAAAUUUCGAGCAAAAGUUGUAAAACACACACUCACCCGCCCCCCUGUUCGGAAAGGAAUAUCGUUUCAAACUUUGGUGGCAAAAACGUGUACCUCGAUCCUUGGGCCUUUUUUGCCUCUAGUCAGUUUCAAACUAUAUCUAUUUUUUGCCCUCCGCGGGAAUAAUAUGUACUUACUUACUUACUUACUGGCGGGCACGCGUCGUGUGUCCCCCCUUCCGCCCGCGCACCACCUCACCCUCCCGAGACAUGUAGGUCGAGUCGAGCGAGUUCCUAUUGUAAAAUUGUAUAACUUAAGGAAAUUAUAGCAAUUUCUACAAAUACAUAAAAGCGCGUAUGCAUAUAUGCAUGACAUGUUAAAAUCCUUUCAGCAAACACCAAAGUAUUAAAGCGAGUGUGCGUGUGUGUGUGUGGGAAAAUUCAAACAAAGUACGUAAAAACGACCGAGCGAGCAUGAAUUAACUGCUAAUAUAGUACUUUUAAUAAUUACAUUAAUAUAUUGAAUAAUAAAGUCGAACGAAUCGCUAUAAAUAUCGUUGUUACGCAGUUGUACAUUUCGUCGUUUGAUUUCUUAUCGUAUAUUAGAACAAAAAAGAAAGAAGAAGAAGGGUAUGCUUGUGCGUGUACAUAAUGUUGUUGUGCGUAUGAUAAAUCGAAACCUCCUACAUAUACGAAACCUCGAGAGAUCACUACCUUAGUAAGUUUAUCGACUAUAUAGAGAGUAACGUAGAGGAAGGAAAAAUAACGAAACCAUUAUAUAUAUUAUUAACGAGAGAGUUACUUUCAUCGUAAAAAAAAUCUUUGUUCUUCCACACGUCCAAGGUUGCGUUUUUUGUAAAAGGAGUGUAUAUCGAGUAAUUUAGAAGAAGAAAAGAGAAGAUAAAUAAAUAGCGCCUCGGCUCCACUGCUCGCAGGAUAAUAUGAUACGAGGGACGAUGCGCUUUUUUUCUUACGACAUGUACCGCACGUUGUUGUUUUACACGCGUGACGACGCUGUUGCGUACGAUAUGUAUAUGUAUUUGGGAGCACGUCGCCAAGGCGCUUUUAUAUAUAAAAA